AUGUGUGCCGGCUCUGAGCUCUCAGAUCAGAGGGCGGUGGGACCUCUGCAGAUGCACCAUGCCCCCACACCUCCCUCUCCCUCCUCGGUCCUCCGUCUCCUCUGCCCCCCUCUGCCCCCCUCUGCCCCCCUCCCCUUCUCUGCCUCUGUCGCCAUGCAGGGGUCAUCAACAAAUCCUCGCGCUUCCUGUGCCUUUCAGGCUCUGAAAGCGCGCCUCUGUGUGAUGGACCCGUAUGAUUUUCUGUUGUUGCGCUUUUGUUGGUGCCUGGAAGUUCGCUGCCCUUUUGUGUUCAGGAGGGUCACCGAGAGCAAGACUAACAAAAACAUAUCCAACCAAAUUGCACAUUAUAUGCACAUUAAUGUAUUGUAG